GUUAAAGGGUAAGGAUUUCCGGGAUAGUACUCUGCCUUUCAAAUUGCCAAGUUGCCAACCCAAAGAAUCUUCAGGUAUCUCCUUCGCUUCUCUCUCCUAUCGCAUACUUGCUACAUAAAUCCAGAAGUUCACUGCUCUUAAUCCCACGACCAGUUGCUAGGACUACAGAGGGUAUAGAGAGCGAAUGGAAGUAGCUAAAACACCUGAGAGAUUUUCUGCAGAUUUUGUAAUGGGAGGGUUGGCAGCAAUAAUGGCAAAGAGUGCAGCAGCACCAAUUGAGAGAGUGAAGCUUUUGUUGCAAAACCAAGGAGAGAUGAUCAAGAGAGGACAACUCAAGAGACCUUAUAUGGGGGUUGGUGAUUGCUUUAAGAGGGUCUUGAGAGAGGAAGGAUUUUGGUCUUUUUGGAGAGGUAACCAGGCCAAUGUCAUACGAUACUUCCCUACUCAGGCUCUCAACUUUGCAUUCAAAGGUUACUUCAAAAACCUUUUUGACCGCUCAAAAGAGAAGGAUGGUUACCUGAAGUGGUUUGCCGGAAAUGUGGCUUCAGGGAGUGCUGCUGGAGCCAUGACUUCGACGCUCUUAUACCAUUUGGAUUAUGCACGUACUCGAUUAGGCACUGAUGCAAGAGUGUGCCCUAUUGAUGGACAACGUCAAUUUAAAGGGCUACUAGAUGUAUAUGGUAAAACCUUAUCUACUGAUGGCAUAGUAGGCUUGUAUCGAGGAUUUGGGGUUUCAAUUAUUGGAAUUACCUUGUAUCGAGGCAUGUACUUUGGGCUCUAUGACACACUGAAGCCUAUCAUUUUGGUGGGGCCUUUCGAGGGUAAUUUUUUUGUUAGUUUUCUGUUGGGUUGGAGCAUCACUAGUGUCUCAGGAGUCUGUGCCUAUCCCUUUGACACUCUGCGAAGGAGAAUGAUGCUUACUUCUGGACAACCAAUGAAGUAUCGCAAUACCAUGCAUGCAUUACGUGAAAUCAUUCGAGUUGAGGGUUUCAGAGCACUGUUCCGAGGGGUUACUGCAAAUAUGCUUCUUGGUGUAGCAGGGGCUGGAGUGCUUGCAGGGUAUGAUAAGCUUCAUCGAAUUGCAUAUACACGUGGGUAUAUCUUCGAGCCACAUCAGAAGGUAUUAAAGUGAAUCCUGAACUCGAAAACUGUAAACUAGUGUAAUUCACAAUUGAUCAUUCAUCGUUGAUCUGAAAGUUUAUAAACGGUUUAGAGUGAAAGAAAAUGUUCAUUUAUUGUUGUUGCUUCCUCCCUAAAUUGCAUUGAGGAGACCAAAGGUUUCCAUGUACACUGCUUGUACAGUUGAAAGAAUUAAUUGAUUUAUUUGUAAAACAAUUUAUAAGAUUAUUGAGUUCAAUAUAUAAAGUAAUUGAAAAUUUGAGCAG